GUCACUUCCGCCCCCUCCCGGGAGGCGGCGCUGGGCCGGUGGCAAGCCCCCGGAGGGAGCCGCAGUAGUACGACGGAAGAUGGCGACGAGCGGCGGCGAAGAGGCGGCGGCAGGGGCGCCGGCGCCUGGGGCCCCGGCGACGGGGUCGGAGACGACCCCGGGCUGGGAGGUGGCGGUGCGGCCCCUGCUGUCCGCGUCCUAUUCCGCCUUCGAGAUGAAGGAGUUGCCGCAGCUGGUGGCCUCAGUCAUCGAGAGCGAAUCAGAAAUCCUGCACCACGAGAAGCAGUAUGAGCCAUUCUACUCAUCUUUUGUUGCACUUUCCACACACUAUAUUACAACAGUUUGCAGCCUCAUUCCUCGGAACCAACUUCAGUCGGUGGCAGCAGCCUGUAAAGUCCUGAUUGAGUUUUCUCUCCUACGUCUGGAGAAUCCAGAUGAGGCUUGCGCUGUUUCCCAGAAACACCUGAUUCUCCUCAUCAAGGGCCUGUGCACUGGGUGUAGCCGACUAGACAGAACUGAAAUUAUCACGUUUACAGCAAUGAUGAAAUCGGCCAAGCUGCCGCAGACAGUGAAGACGCUCUCAGAUGUGGAAGAUCAGAAAGAGUUGGCCUCACCAAUAAGCCCAGAGUUGAGGCAGAAGGAGGUACAGAUGAAUUUUUUGAACCAGCUGACGUCAGUUUUCAACCCUCGAACUGUAGCAUCACCACCCGCUGGUCCACAGACUCUGGCGGAAGGAGAAGGUGAUGAGCAGUCAUCCACAGAUCAAGCCUCUGCUAUCAAAACCAAGAAUGUAUUCAUAGCUCAGAACGUAGCUAGUCUUCAAGAGCUUGGUGGCUCAGAGAAGCUACUGCGUGUGUGUUUGAACCUGCCAUAUUUCCUGCGCUACAUCAAUCGCUUUCAAGAUGCGGUGUCGGCCAAUUCCUUCUUCAUCAUGCCUGCCACAGUAGCAGAUGCCACUGCUGUUCGGAAUGGUUUUCAUUCAUUGGUGAUUGACGUAACUAUGGCAUUGGAUACCCUUUCUCUACCUGUGUUGGAACCUCUCAAUCCUUCUCGUCUACAAGAUGUGACAGUCCUCAGCCUAAGUUGUCUGUACGCAGGUGUGAGUGUGGCAACUUGCAUGGCCAUCCUUCACGUGGGGAGUGCCCAGCAGGUGCGGACAGGGUCCACGAGCUCCAAAGAGGAAGACUAUGAGAGUGAUGCAGCUACGAUUGUCCAGAAAUGUCUUGAAAUCUAUGACAUGAUUGGACAAGCAAUCAGCACUUCCCGCCGGGCUGGUGGUGAGCACUAUCAGAACUUCCAGUUGCUGGGUGCCUGGUGUUUGUUAAACAGCCUUUUCCUCAUAUUGAACCUGAGUCCUACUGCCUUGGCUGAUAAGGGGAAAGAGAAAGAUCCACUGGCUGCGCUCCGAGUCAGAGACAUCCUUUCUCGGACAAAAGAGGGAGUGGGCUCUCCGAAACUGGGGCCUGGGAAAGGGCAUCAGGGAUUUGGGGUGCUGUCGGUAAUAUUGGCAAACCAUGCUGUGAAGCUGUUAACAUCUCUCUUUCAAGACCUGCAAGUGGAGGCUCUGCACAAGGGUUGGGAGACCGAUGGUCCCCCUGCUGUUCUGAACAUUAUGGCCCAGAGCACCUCCAUACAGAGGAUUCAACGGCUGAUUGACUCUGUCCCACUGACAAACCUGCUGUUGACAUUACUCUCAACUUCCUACAGAAAGGCCUGUGUCCUGCAGCGUCAGAGGAAGGGCUCCAUGAGCAGCGAUGCCAGCGCCUCCACUGACUCAAACACCUACUACGAGGAUGAUUUCAGCAGCACGGAGGAGGACAGCAGCCAAGAUGAUGACAGCGAGCCUAUUUUGGGGCAGUGGUUUGAGGAGACCAUCUCCCCCAGUAAAGAGAAAGUGGCGCCUCCGCCUCCUCCCCCGCCUCCUCCGCUGGAGAGCUCGCCUCGAGUUAAAAGCCCCAGUAAGCAGGCCCCUGGUGACAAGGGCAACAUUUUGGCUAGUCGCAAAGAUCCUGAGUUGUUCUUAGGUCUGGCUUCCAACAUUUUGAACUUCAUCACCUCUUCCAUGCUGAACUCUCGGAACAAUUUUAUCCGAAACUAUCUGAGUGUCUCUCUUUCAGAACACCAUAUGGCCACCCUGGCCAGUAUCAUUAAGGAGGUGGACAAAGAUGGACUCAGGGGUUCGUCAGAUGAAGAGUUUGCUGCUGCUCUCUAUCACUUCAACCACUCUCUGGUAACUUCUGACCUCCAAUCUCCCAACCUGCAGAACACACUGUUGCAGCAGCUGGGUGUUGCUCCUUUCUCUGAGGGUCCUUGGCCCUUGUACAUUCACCCCCAAAGCCUCUCUGUACUUUCACGCCUCUUGCUCAUCUGGCAACAUAAAGCCGGCGCUCAAGGUGAUCCUGAUGUCCCUGAAUGCCUUAAAGUUUGGGACAGGUUUUUGUCGACAGUGAAGCAGAAUGCUCUGCAAGGGGUGGUGCCCAGUGAGACAGAAGAUCUGAAUAUCGAACACCUGCAGUUACUCCUCCUCAUUUUCCACAGCUUCACUGAGAAAGGCCGGCGGGCCGUACUGACCCUUCUUGUGCAGAUCGUCCAGGAGCUGAGUGCCAACAUGGAUGCCCAGAGGCGCUCUGUGCCUCUCGUCCUGGCUCGCCUCCUUUUGAUCUUUGAUUAUCUGCUUCAUCAGUACUCCAAAGCCCCUGUGUAUCUGUUUGAGCAGGUGCAGCAUAACCUGCUAAGUCCUCCUUUUGGGUGGGCAAGUGGAUCUCAGGACAGCAAUGGCCGCCGAGCUACCACCCUUCUCUAUCAUGGGUUCAAAGAAGUAGAAGAAAACUGGUCGAAGCAUUUUUCAUCAGAUGCUGUCCCACAACCCAGAUUCUACUGUGUCCUGUCCCCAGAAGCUUCAGAGGAUGAUUUGAACCGACUUGAUUCUGUGGCGUGUGAUGUUCUUUUCUCCAAGCUUGUCAAGUAUGAUGAGCUUUAUACCGCACUCACAUCCCUGCUUGCAGCUGGAUCCCAGCUUGAUACAGUCAGGAGAAAGGAAAACAAGAAUGUAACAGCCCUGGAGGCCUGCGCCCUUCAGUAUUACUUCCUGAUACUGUGGCGGAUCCUGGGAAUUUUGCCACCAUCAAAGACUUACAUGAACCAGCUGGCCAUGAAUGCACCUGAGAUGAGUGAAUGUGACAUCUUACACACUCUGCGGUGGUCUUCCCGCCUCCGGAUCAGCUCCUAUGUCAACUGGAUAAAGGAUCACCUUAUCAAACAGGGAAUGAAGGCUGAACAUGCUGGUUCUCUCCUAGAACUGGCGUCCACCAAGUGCAGCUCGGUGAAGUACGACGUUGAAAUUGUAGAGGAGUACUUUGCUCGACAGAUCUCGUCAUUCUGUAGCGUCGACUGUACCACCAUCUUGCAACUCCAUGAAAUUCCCAGUCUUCAGUCCAUCUACACCCUUGAUGCUGCUAUUUCGAAGGUCCAGGUCUCUUUGGAUGAGCAUUUUUCUAAGAUGGCUGCCGAGACGGAUCCUCAUAAGUCGUCUGAGAUCACCAAGAACCUGCUUCCAGCCACGCUGCAGCUCAUUGACACCUACGCAUCAUUCACCAGAGCGUACUUGCUACAGAACUUUAAUGAAGAUGGAUCCACUGAAAAACCUUCCCAGGAGAAAUUGCAUGGCUUUGCUGCUGUUUUGGCUAUUGGCUCCAGCAGAUGCAAGGCGAACACCCUGGGUCCAGCACUGGUUCAGAAUUUACCAUCAUCAGUGCAAGCUGUUUGUGAAUCCUGGAAUAACAUCAAUACUAAUGAGUUUCCCAACAUUGGCUCCUGGCGCAAUGCCUUUGCCAAUGACACUAUCCCUUCGGAGAGUUACAUCAGUGCUGUGCAGGCCGCUCACCUCGGGACCCUCUGUGGCCAAAGUCUGCCUCUGGCUGCGUCCCUGAAGCACACGCUCCUCUCACUGGUCAGGCUGACUGGAGAUCUUAUUGUUUGGUCCGAUGAGAUGAACCCGCCACAGGUAAUUCGGACCCUGCUUCCCCUUCUUUUGGACUCAAGCACUGAGAGUGUUGCUGAGAUCAGUAGCAACUCACUGGAGCGCAUCCUGGGCCCUGCAGAGUCUGAUGAGUUCUUGGCUCGUGUUUAUGAGAAGCUGAUCACUGGUUGUUACAACAUUCUGGCCAAUCAUGCAGAUCCCAAUAGUGGACUAGAUGAAUCCAUCUUGGAGGAAUGUCUCCAGUAUUUGGAAAAACAACUGGAAAGCAGCCAGGCUCGUAAAGCUAUGGAGGAAUUUUUCUCUGACAGUGGAGAACUUGUGCAGAUCAUGAUGGCAACAGCCAAUGAGAACCUCUCUGCUAAAUUCUGUAACCGAGUUUUGAAAUUCUUCACCAAACUCUUCCAGCUGACUGAGAAGAGCCCUAACCCGAGCCUUCUGCAUCUUUGUGGCUCUCUGGCACAGCUGGCCUGUGUGGAGCCGGUGCGUCUCCAGGCCUGGCUCACCCGCAUGACUACAUCUCCCCCCAAAGAUUCUGAUCAGCUGGAUGUGAUUCAGGAGAACCGGCAGCUCUUACAGUUACUGACCACGUACAUUGUUCGGGAAAACAGUCAAGUUGGGGAAGGUGUGUGUGCUGUGCUUCUGGGCACCCUGAUCCCUAUGGCAACAGAGAUGCUGGCCAACGGUGAUGGGACUGGUUUCCCUGAACUCAUGGUUGUGAUGGCCACUCUGGCCAGUGCAGGUCAAGGUGCUGGCCAUCUUCAGCUUCAUAAUGCUGCUGUGGACUGGUUGAGUAGAUGCAAGAAAUACCUGUCACAGAAGAAUGUGGUUGAAAAACUGAAUGCCAAUGUAAUGCAUGGAAAGCAUGUGAUGGUCCUGGAGUGCACAUGCCAUAUUAUGUCUUACUUGGCUGAUGUCACCAAUGCCCUGAGCCAGAGUAAUGGUCAGGGCCCAAGUCACCUCUCGGUGGAUGGGGAAGAGCGGGCCAUUGAGGUGGACUCAGACUGGGUGGAGGAGUUGGCAGUGGAAGAGGAAGAUUCCCAGGCUGAGGACUCAGAUGAAGAUUCUCUUUGCAAUAAACUCUGCACUUUUACUAUUACUCAGAAAGAAUUCAUGAACCAGCAUUGGUACCACUGUCACACCUGCAAAAUGGUUGAUGGGGUGGGUGUUUGCACAGUUUGUGCCAAGGUGUGCCAUAAGGAUCAUGAAAUUUCUUAUGCCAAGUAUGGAUCCUUCUUCUGUGACUGUGGAGCCAAGGAAGAUGGCAGCUGUUUGGCACUGGUGAAGCGAACUCCUAGCAGUGGCAUGAGCUCCACCGUGAAGGAGUCAGCAUUUCAGAGUGAACCCAGGGUUUCAGAGAGUCUGGUGCGCCACACCAGCACCUCUCCAGCUGACAAAGCCAAAGUCACCAUCAGCGAUGGAAAGGUUGCUGACGAAGAGAAGCCCAAGAAGAGUAGCCUCUGCCGCACAGUGGAGGGCUGCCGGGAGGAGCUGCAGAACCAGGCCAAUUUCUCCUUCGCUCCUCUCGUGUUAGACAUGCUCAAUUUCCUCAUGGAUGCCAUUCAGACCAACUUUCAGCAGGCUUCAGCUGUGGGGAGCAGCAGCCGGGCUCAGCAAGCCCUCCGUGAGCUGCACACAGUGGACAAGGUGGUUGAGAUGACAGACCAGCUCAUGGUCCCCACCUUGGGCUCCCAGGAAGGUGCCUUUGAGAACGUUCGGAUGAAUUACAGUGGAGACCAGGGCCAGACUAUCCGGCAGCUGAUCAGUGCCCAUGUGCUCCGGCGGGUGGCUAUGUGUGUGCUCUCCUCCCCUCAUGGGCGCCGCCAGCAUUUGGCUGUCAGCCAUGAGAAGGGCAAGAUCACCGUUCUGCAGCUUUCUGCACUCUUGAAGCAAGCAGAUUCCAGCAAAAGGAAGUUGACUCUGACCCGCCUGGCUUCCGCCCCCGUGCCCUUUACGGUGUUGAGCCUCACUGGGAAUCCCUGCAAGGAGGACUACCUUGCCGUUUGUGGGCUGAAGGACUGCCACGUGCUGACCUUCAGUAGCUCGGGCUCUGUUUCCGAUCACUUGGUGUUGCACCCCCAGUUGGCAACGGGGAACUUCAUCAUCAAAGCCGUGUGGUUACCUGGUUCACAGACUGAGUUAGCGAUUGUUACUGCAGACUUUGUCAAGAUUUAUGACCUGUCCGUUGAUGCCUUGAGUCCAACUUUCUACUUUCUCCUGCCAAGCUCAAAAAUAAGAGAUGUUACCUUCCUUUUCAACGAGGAGGGAAAGAACAUCAUUGUGAUAAUGUCUUCGGCUGGGUACAUCUAUACUCAGCUCAUGGAAGAGGCCAGCAGUGCCCAGCAGGGGCCCUUCUAUGUCACUAACGUACUGGAAAUCAACCACGAGGACCUGAAGGACAGUAACAGCCAGGUGGCAGGUGGAGGGGUCUCUGUCUACUACUCCCACGUGCUGCAGAUGCUCUUCUUCAGCUAUUGUCAAGGCAGAUCGUUUGCAGCCACCAUCAGCAGGACGACUCUGGAGGUGCUGCAGCUCUUCUCCAUCAACAUCAAAAGUUCCAAUGGUGGCAGUAAGACGUCUCCUGCCCUUUGCCAGUGGUCUGAGGUGAUGAACCACCCUGGCUUGGUGUGUUGUGUCCAGCAAACUACAGGUGUGCCGCUGGUGGUUAUGGUGAAACCAGACACUUUUCUUAUCCAAGAGAUUAAGACUCUCCCUGCUAAAGCAAAGAUCCAAGACAUGGUUGCCAUUAGGCACACAGCAUGCAAUGAGCAGCAGCGGACAACGAUGAUCUUGUUGUGUGAGGAUGGCAGCCUACGCAUUUACAUGGCCAAUGUGGAGAACACCUCCUACUGGCUUCAGCCAUCUCUGCAGCCCAGCAGUGUCAUCAGCAUAAUGAAGCCUGUUCGAAAGCGCAAAACAGCUACCAUCACAACCCGCACAUCUAGCCAGGUGACCUUCCCCAUUGACUUCUUUGAACACAACCAGCAGCUGACAGAUGUGGAGUUUGGUGGUAAUGACCUCCUGCAGGUCUACAAUGCACAACAGAUAAAGCACCGGCUGAAUUCCACUGGCAUGUAUGUGGCCAACACCAAGCCCGGUGGCUUCACCAUUGAGAUUACUAACAACAACAGCACUAUGGUGAUGACAGGCAUGCGGAUCCAGAUUGGGACCCAGGCAAUUGAACGGGCCCCAUCUUAUAUUGAGAUCUUUGGGAGGACUAUGCAGCUUAACCUGAGUCGCUCACGCUGGUUUGACUUCCCCUUCACCAGAGAAGAAGCCCUGCAGGCUGAUAAGAAACUGAACCUCUUCAUCGGGGCCUCGGUGGAUCCAGCAGGUGUCACUAUGAUCGAUGCUGUAAAAAUUUAUGGCAAGACUAAGGAGCAGUUUGGCUGGCCUGAUGAGCCUCCAGAAGAAUUUCCUUCUGCCUCCGUCAGCAACAUCUGUCCUUCAAACCUGAACCAGAGCAAUGGCACUGGAGACAGUGACUCAGCUGCCCCUACUACCACCAGUGGAACUGUCCUGGAGAGUUCUGAAACUGAGUCCCUAACCAAGCUGGACCGGCUGGUUGUGAGUUCUUUAGAAGCCCUGGAAAGCUGCUUUGCUGUCGGCCCAAUCAUCGAAAAGGAGAGAAACAAGAAUGCAGCUCAGGAGCUGGCCACUUUGCUGCUAUCCCUGCCAGCACCUGCCAGUGUCCAGCAGCAGUCCAAGAGCCUUCUGGCCAGCCUGCACACCAGCCGCUCGGCCUACCACAGCCACAAGGAUCAGGCCUUGCUGAGCAAAGCUGUGCAGUGUCUCAACACAUCCAGCAAAGAAGGCAAGGAUUUGGACCCCGAGGUCUUCCAGAGGCUGGUGAUCACAGCUCGCUCUAUUGCCAUCAUGCGCCCUAACAACCUUGUCCACUUUACGGAGUCAAAGCUGCCCCAGAUGGAAACAGACUGUUUUCUUCCUAGAUGUGCCUGCUGGAGUCUAGGGAUAGUUGGCAUAUUGAUUGGGGCCCCACUUGAAACUCCCUCCCCAGAAGGAGUGGAUGAGGGGAGAGAACCUCAGAAGCAGUUGGAAGGAGACUGCUGUAGUUUCAUCACCCAGCUGGUGAACCACUUCUGGAAACUCCAUGCAUCCAAACCCAAGAACGCCUUCUUGGCACCCGCCUGCCUGCCAGGCCUAACUCAUAUUGAAGCUACCGUCAAUGCUCUGGUGGACAUUAUCCAUGGCUACUGUACCUGUGAGCUGGACUGUAUUAAUACAGCAUCCAAGAUCUACAUGCAGAUGCUGCUAUGUCCUGAUCCUGCCGUGAGCUUCUCUUGUAAACAAGCUCUAAUUCGAGUCCUAAGGCCCAGGAACAAGCGGAGACACGUGACAUUGCCCUCCUCCCCUCGAAGCAACACUCCAAUGGGAGACAAAGAUGAUGAUGACGAUGAUGAUGCAGAUGAGAAAAUGCAGUCAUCAGGGAUCCCAAAUGGUGGUCACAUCCGUCAGGAAAGCCAGGAACAGAGUGAGGUGGACCAUGGAGAUUUUGAGAUGGUGUCUGAGUCGAUGGUCCUGGAGACAGCUGAAAAUGUCAACAAUGGCAACCCCUCUCCCCUGGAGGCCCUGCUGGCAGGCGCAGAGGGCUUCCCCCCCAUGCUGGACAUCCCGCCUGAUGCAGAUGACGAGACCAUGGUUGAACUAGCCAUUGCCCUGAGCCUGCAGCAGGACCAACAAGGCAGCAGCAGCAGUGCCCUGGGCCUGCAGAGCCUGGGGCUGUCCGGCCAGGCACCCAGCUCUUCCUCUCUGGACGCAGGAACCCUCUCUGACACCACAGCAUCAGCUCUCGUUACUCUCUCAGCUCCAGCCUCAGACGACGAGGGCAGCACAGCAGCGACUGAUGGUUCCACCCUUCGGACCUCUCCUGCUGACCAUGGUGGUAGUGUGGGCUCGGAGAGCGGGGGAAGUGCAGUGGACUCAGUGGCUGGCGAGCACAGUGUAUCUGGCCGGAGCAGUGCUUAUGGUGAUGCCACAGCAGAGGGACAUCCGGCUGGACCAGGAAGUGUCAGCUCAAGCACUGGUGCCAUCAGCACCACCACUGGACACCAGGAAGGAGAUGGCUCCGAGGGAGAAGGAGAAGGGGAAGGAGAAGGAGAUGUCCACGCCAGCAACAGGCUGCACAUGGUUCGUCUGAUGCUGUUGGAGAGACUGCUACAGACCUUGCCCCAGUUGCGAAAUGUUGGAGGUGUCCGGGCCAUCCCGUACAUGCAGGUCAUUCUGAUGCUCACUACAGAUCUGGAUGGCGAAGAUGAGAAAGACAAGGGGGCUCUGGACAACCUGCUUUCCCAGCUUAUUGCUGAACUGGGCAUGGAUAAAAAGGAUGUCUCCAGGAAGAAUGAGCGCAGUGCCCUGAAUGAAGUCCAUCUAGUGGUCAUGAGACUCCUCAGCGUCUUCAUGUCCCGGACCAAAUCUGGAUCCAAGUCUUCCAUAUGCGAGUCGUCUUCCCUCAUCUCUAGUGCCACAGCGGCAGCCCUGCUGAGCUCUGGGGCUGUGGACUACUGCCUGCACGUGCUCAAAUCCCUGCUGGAGUAUUGGAAGAGCCAGCAGAAUGAUGAGGAGCCUGUGGCUACCAGCCAGUUGCUGAAACCACAUACUAGUUCAUCCCCACCCGACAUGAGCCCGUUCUUCCUCCGCCAGUAUGUGAAGGGUCAUGCUGCUGAUGUGUUUGAGGCGUAUACUCAGCUUCUAACAGAGAUGGUACUGAGGCUUCCAUACCAAAUCAAGAAGAUUGCUGACACCAAUUCUCGAAUCCCACCUCCUGUCUUUGAUCAUUCAUGGUUUUACUUUCUCUCAGAGUACCUGAUGAUCCAGCAGACUCCCUUUGUGCGCCGUCAAGUCCGCAAACUUCUGCUCUUCAUCUGUGGAUCAAAGGAGAAAUACCGCCAACUCCGGGAUUUGCACACCCUGGAUUCCCACGUGCGUGGGAUCAAGAAGCUGCUGGAGGAGCAGGGGAUAUUCCUCCGGGCAAGUGUGGUUACAGCCAGCUCUGGCUCCGCCUUGCAAUAUGACACACUCAUCAGCCUGAUGGAGCACCUGAAAGCCUGUGCAGAGAUUGCUGCCCAGCGAACCGUCAACUGGCAGAAAUUCUGUAUCAAGGACGACUCCGUCCUGUACUUCCUCCUCCAAGUCAGUUUCCUGGUGGAUGAGGGCGUGUCUCCGGUGCUGCUGCAGUUGCUCUCCUGUGCUCUGUGCGGCAGCAAAGUGCUCGCUGCUCUGGCAGCCUCGGCAGGGUCCUCCAGUGCUUCCUCGUCCUCAGCCCCCGUGGCCACCAGUUCUGGACAAGCCACAACACAGUCCAAGUCGUCCACUAAGAAGAGCAAGAAAGAAGAAAAGGAAAAGGAGAAAGAGGGUGAGAGCUCAGGCAGCCAGGAGGACCAGCUGUGCACAGCUCUGGUGAACCAGCUGAACAAAUUUGCAGAUAAGGAAACCUUGGUCCAGUUUCUGCGUUGCUUCCUGUUAGAGUCCAAUUCUUCCUCCGUGCGCUGGCAGGCCCACUGCCUGACGCUGCAUAUCUACAGAAACUCUAGCAAAUCUCAGCAGGAGCUCCUGCUAGAUCUGAUGUGGUCCAUAUGGCCAGAACUCCCAGCCUACGGUCGUAAGGCUGCCCAGUUUGUGGACCUCCUGGGAUAUUUCUCCUUGAAAACCCCACAGACGGAGAAGAAGUUGAAGGAAUAUUCACAGAAGGCUGUGGAGAUUCUGCGGACUCAAAACCAUAUUCUUACCAACCAUCCCAACUCCAACAUUUACAACACCUUGUCUGGCUUAGUGGAGUUUGAUGGCUAUUACCUGGAGAGUGACCCCUGCCUGGUGUGUAAUAAUCCAGAGGUGCCAUUUUGUUAUAUCAAGCUGUCUUCCAUUAAAGUGGACACCCGGUACACCACCACCCAGCAGGUUGUGAAGCUCAUUGGCAGCCACACCAUCAGCAAAGUGACAGUGAAAAUUGGGGACCUAAAACGGACCAAGAUGGUGCGGACUAUCAACCUCUAUUACAACAACCGAACUGUGCAGGCCAUCGUGGAGUUGAAAAACAAGCCGGCUCGCUGGCACAAAGCCAAGAAGGUGCAGCUGACCCCUGGGCAGACAGAGGUGAAGAUUGACCUGCCCUUGCCCAUUGUGGCCUCCAACCUGAUGAUAGAGUUUGCAGACUUCUAUGAGAACUAUCAGGCCUCCACAGAGACCCUGCAGUGCCCUCGUUGUAGUGCCUCAGUCCCAGCCAACCCAGGGGUCUGUGGGAACUGUGGAGAAAAUGUCUACCAGUGUCACAAAUGCAGAUCCAUCAACUAUGAUGAAAAGGAUCCCUUUCUCUGCAAUGCCUGUGGCUUCUGUAAAUAUGCUCGCUUCGACUUCAUGCUCUAUGCUAAGCCUUGCUGUGCGGUGGAUCCCAUUGAGAAUGAAGAAGACCGGAAGAAGGCUGUUUCCAACAUCAACACGCUUCUGGACAAAGCUGAUCGAGUGUAUCAUCAGCUGAUGGGACAUCGACCACAGCUGGAGAACCUGCUCUGCAAAGUGAAUGAGGCAGCUCCCGAGAAGCCGCAGGAUGACUCGGGAACAGCUGGGGGCAUCAGUUCCACUUCAGCCAGCGUGAAUCGUUACAUUCUGCAGUUGGCUCAGGAGUACUGUGGAGAUUGCAAGAACUCUUUUGAUGAACUCUCCAAAAUCAUCCAGAAAGUCUUUGCUUCACGCAAAGAGUUGUUGGAAUAUGACCUGCAGCAGAGGGAAGCAGCCACUAAAUCGUCCCGGACCUCUGUGCAGCCAACCUUCACCGCCAGCCAGUACCGCGCCUUGUCCGUUCUGGGCUGCGGCCACACGUCCUCCACCAAGUGCUAUGGCUGUGCCUCGGCUGUCACAGAACAUUGUAUCACACUACUCCGGGCCCUGGCCACCAAUCCAGCCCUAAGGCACAUCCUUGUCUCCCAGGGCCUCAUUCGGGAGCUCUUUGAUUACAAUCUCCGCCGAGGCUCUGCGGCCAUGCGGGAGGAGGUCCGCCAGCUCAUGUGCCUCCUGACUAGAGACAAUCCGGAAGCCACCCAGCAGGUGAAUGACCUGAUUAUCGGCAAAGUCUCCACAGCCCUGAAGGGCCACUGGGCCAAUCCUGAUCUGGCAAGUAGCCUUCAGUAUGAAAUGCUGUUGCUGACAGAUUCCAUCUCGAAGGAGGACAGCUGCUGGGAGCUCCGGUUACGCUGCGCUCUCAGCCUUUUCCUCAUGGCUGUGAACAUUAAGACCCCUGUGGUUGUGGAGAACAUUACCCUCAUGUGCCUGCGGAUCUUGCAGAAGCUGAUUAAACCUCCUGCUCCAACCAGCAAGAAGAACAAGGAUGUGCCUGUUGAGGCCCUCACCACAGUUAAGCCAUAUUGCAAUGAGAUCCAUGCCCAGGCUCAACUGUGGCUCAAGAGAGACCCCAAAGCAUCCUAUGAAGCCUGGAAGAAGUGCCUUCCUAUCCGAGGGAUAGAUGGCAAUGGGAAGUCCCCCAGCAAAUCAGAGCUCCGCCAUCUCUAUUUGACUGAGAAGUAUGUGUGGAGGUGGAAGCAGUUCCUGAGUCGUCGGGGGAAGAGGACCUCCCCCUUGGAUCUCAAAUUGGGUCAUAACAACUGGCUGCGGCAAGUGCUCUUUACUCCCGCCACGCAGGCUGCUCGGCAGGCAGCCUGUACCAUCGUGGAAGCUCUUGCCACCAUUCCCAGCCGCAAGCAGCAGGUCCUUGACCUCCUCACCAGUUACCUGGAUGAACUGAGCAUAGCUGGCGAGUGUGCGGCCGAGUACUUGGCCCUCUACCAGAAGCUCAUCACUUCCGCUCACUGGAAAGUCUACCUGGCAGCUCGGGGAGUCCUGCCCUAUGUGGGCAACCUCAUCACCAAGGAAAUAGCUCGCUUGCUGGCUCUGGAGGAGGCCACCCUGAGCACUGAUCUGCAGCAGGGCUAUGCCCUCAAAAGCCUCACAGGCCUUCUCUCCUCCUUCGUCGAGGUGGAAUCCAUCAAAAGGCACUUUAAAAGUCGCUUGGUGGGUACUGUGCUGAAUGGAUACCUGUGCUUGCGAAAGCUGGUGGUGCAGAGGACUAAGCUGAUCGAUGAGACCCAGGAUAUGCUGCUGGAGAUGCUGGAGGACAUGACCACAGGUACAGAAUCGGAAACCAAGGCCUUCAUGGCUGUGUGCAUUGAGACAGCCAAGCGCUAUAAUCUGGAUGACUACCGGACUCCUGUCUUCAUCUUUGAGAGGCUCUGCAGCAUCAUUUAUCCUGAGGAGAAUGAAGUCACUGAGUUCUUUGUGACCCUGGAGAAGGAUCCCCAACAAGAAGACUUCUUACAGGGCAGGAUGCCUGGGAACCCAUAUAGCAGCAAUGAGCCAGGCAUUGGGCCACUUAUGAGGGACAUAAAGAACAAGAUUUGCCAGGACUGUGACUUGGUGGCUCUUCUGGAGGAUGACAGUGGCAUGGAGCUUCUGGUGAACAAUAAAAUCAUUAGUUUGGACCUUCCUGUGGCCGAGGUUUACAAGAAGGUCUGGUGUGCCACGAAUGAGGGAGAGCCCAUGAGGAUUGUGUACCGUAUGCGGGGGCUGCUGGGUGAUGCCACCGAGGAGUUUAUUGAGUCCCUGGACUCCACCACAGAUGAAGAAGAAGAUGAAGAAGAAGUGUAUAAGAUGGCCGGUGUGAUGGCUCAGUGUGGAGGCCUGGAAUGCAUGCUUACCAGACUGGCAGGGAUCAAGGAUUUCAAGCAGGGACGCCACCUUCUAACAGUGCUGCUGAAAUUGUUCAGUUACUGUGUGAAGGUGAAAGUCAACCGGCAGCAGCUGGUCAAGCUGGAAAUGAACACUUUGAAUGUCAUGCUGGGGACUCUAAACUUGGCCCUUGUAGCUGAACAAGAAAGCAAGGACAGCGGCGGCGCAGCUGUGGCCGAACAGGUGCUUAGUAUCAUGGAAAUCAUUCUGGAUGAGUCCAACGCUGAGCCCCUGAGUGAGGACAAGGGCAACCUCCUCCUGACGGGUGACAAAGAUCAACUCGUGAUGCUCUUGGACCAGAUCAACAGCACCUUUGUCCGCUCCAACCCUAGCGUGCUCCAGGGCCUGCUGCGCAUCAUCCCAUACCUCUCCUUUGGAGAGGUGGAGAAAAUGCAGAUCUUGGUGGAGCGGUUCAAGCCAUACUGCAGCUUUGAUAAGUAUGAUGAAGAUCACAGUGGCGAUGAUAAAGUCUUCCUGGACUGCUUCUGUAAGAUAGCAGCCGGCAUCAAGAACAACAGCAAUGGGCAUCAGCUGAAAGAUCUGAUUCUCCAGAAAGGAAUCACCCAGAAUGCACUUGACUAUAUGAAAAAGCACAUUCCUAGUGCCAAGAAUCUGGAUGCUGACAUCUGGAAAAAGUUUUUGUCUCGCCCAGCCCUACCAUUUAUCUUGAGGCUUCUUCGGGGACUGGCUAUCCAGCACCCUGCCACCCAGGUUCUGAUCGGAACUGACUCCAUCACAAACUUGCAUAAACUGGAGCAGGUGUCUAGCGAUGAGGGCAUUGGGACCCUGGCAGAGAACCUGCUGGAGGCGCUGCGGGAGCACCCUGAUGUGAACAAGAAGAUUGAUGCGGCCCGCAGGGAGACCCGGGCUGAGAAGAAGCGCAUGGCCAUGGCGAUGAGGCAGAAGGCUCUGGGCACCCUGGGCAUGACGACGAAUGAAAAGGGCCAGGUGGUGACCAAGACGGCGCUCCUGAAGCAGAUGGAAGAGCUGAUUGAGGAGCCAGGCCUCACGUGCUGCAUCUGCAGGGAGGGCUACAAGUUCCAGCCUACGAAGGUCCUGGGCAUUUACACCUUCACCAAGCGGGUGGCCUUGGAGGAGGUGGAGAAUAAGCCCCGGAAACAGCAGGGCUACAGCACCGUGUCCCACUUCAACAUCGUGCACUACGACUGCCAUCUGGCCGCCGUCAGUCACUUGUCUCUGCUCUCCCUGUCCAGGCUGGCUCGAGGCCGGGAAGAGUGGGAGAGCGCUGCCCUUCAGAACGCCAACACCAAGUGCAACGGGCUCCUCCCCGUCUGGGGGCCACACGUCCCCGAGUCGGCUUUUGCUACCUGCUUGGCAAGGCACAACACUUACCUCCAGGAAUGCACAGGCCAGCGGGAGCCCACGUACCAGCUCAAUAUCCACGACAUCAAACUGCUCUUCCUGCGCUUCGCCAUGGAGCAGUCGUUCAGCGCGGACACCGGCGGCGGCGGCCGGGAGAGCAACAUCCACCUGAUCCCGUACAUCAUUCACACUGUGCUUUACGUCCUGAACACAACCCGAGCAACUUCCCGAGAGGAGAAGAACCUCCAGGGCUUUCUGGAGCAGCCCAAGGAGAAGUGGGUGGAGAGUGCCUUUGAAGUGGAUGGGCCGCACUAUUUCAUAGUCCUGGCCCUUCACGUCCUGCCCCCUGAGAAGUGGAGAGCCACACGUGUGGAAAUCCUGCGGAGGCUGCUGGUGACCUCUCAGGCCCGGGCAGUGGCUCCAGGGGGAGCCACCAGGCUGACAGACAAGGCAGUGAAGGACUACUCUGCUUACCGCUCUUCCCUUCUCUUCUGGGCCCUGGUCGAUCUCAUUUACAACAUGUUUAAGAAGGUGCCUACCAGCAACACAGAGGGAGGCUGGUCCUGCUCUCUAGCGGAAUACAUCCGCCACAACGACAUGCCCAUCUACGAAGCUGCUGACAAAGCCCUGAAGACCUUCCAGGAGGAGUUCAUGCCAGUGGAGACCUUCUCGGAGUUCCUCGACGUGGCUGGUCUCUUAUCAGAAAUCACUGAUCCAGAGAGCUUCCUGAAGGACUUGUUGAACUCGGUCCCCUGACCAUCACAUGGAAACUGCGGCUGACAAAGACUGAGGCUAGCUUGCCUUCCGUCCCUCUGUGUUCUUCCCUCCUGCGCGUUGAUCCCCCAACGGGAUGCUGCAUCGUUACCCCUGCCUCCUCCCCGCCCUCGUUUCUUCUUGGAAUGGCUUGGGGUUUUUAGGCUUCCUGUUUUAUCUUGUGUGUGUGGUGCACUAGCUGUGAAGUUGUCUGUAACCCCAGCCAUUGAAGGACCUGUACAUACCUAGGAGCCACGAGUUGUCCUGGCCACCCUAAUACUUGAGCGUGCCCCUCUGGAGAAAUAAACGAAUGACUUAAUGCGCAUUGAGAAA